UAUUAUUUGUGGAUAACAAAUGAAAAAAAAUGAUAACAGAAGCAGCAAAGUUCUUCGAAAUAUAUGAAUCAUAAGAGCAAUAAUAUGAGUAAUAAUCCAUUAGAAAGAGUCAAAGGGCAUCUUAGGUCCACUCAAUCCUAGGCUAGGCUGUCUCAUCUGAUGCGUCUGUUUAUGUGUGUCGAACUGGGGCUUGUUGAAAAGCUCUCCUCGAAUCUUGGUCUUCGUGGAAGCUAGUGCAGCAAGAGUGACCAUCACGAUCUCACCAUCUCCCUCUCUCGCUUAUUUUUCUUCGGAUCACCACAUGACCGUUUCUCUCUCUCCCUGAUCUUUGCUAACAACCAGCCAGUCAGCAUUCUUUUUCAUUUUUCCUUUUUUAUUUUCACUAUUUUUCCUGCUACAAGGGUCGCCCUUCUUGGGGUUACUUAUUUUGGUUUUGUAGUUACCUUUUGUGGGUUUUCUUUGACCAAGGUUUCCCUUUCGUGCCUUUCUUGGUAUUUUAAAUUCUAUUUACAUAUUUUGUAUUCUUAGUUGGGUUUCUUCCUUUUUGUUGUUUUCGUCAGAGAGAUUCUUCCAAGUGGGUAUUUGGGCUCUCUUUCUUCAGUUCUGUACUUGCUCAUAAACUCGGUUUGUGAGUAUAAUUCUCUGUAUAUACCCUUUUGGUUCAUUUUUUUUUCACUGUGAAUGUCUUUGGCCGUUGGAGUUGUUUCAUCAAAUUCCAAAAGUAUGGGUUUUGAUGAUAAAGACAAUGAAGCUGUCGAAACAAAUAUCGAAGACACAAAGGGAAAAACAGAAAAGGGUAAAGAAGAAGAAGAUGAAGAAGAAACUGUGGAUGGAUCAUCUGGGAUGAGCAGAACAAUGAGUGAGAGUUCCAUUUAUGCAACUGAGGAUGAUGAAGAUGAUGAAGGAAAGAAAAUUGAGUUGGGCCCCCAAUUCACACUCAAAGAACAAUUGGAGAAGGAUAAGGAUGAUGAGAGUUUAAGGAGGUGGAAGGAGCAGCUUCUUGGGACUGUGGACAUGGAGUCUGUUGGAGAAACUCUGGAACCCGAAGUGAAGAUCUCAAGUCUUGCAAUUAAGUCCCCCGGUAGACCGGACAUCUGUCUCACAAUUCCUGAGAAUGGGAAUCCCAAAGGCUGCUGGUUUACUUUAAAGGAAGGUAGCCGUUAUAGCCUGAUGUUCACUUUUCAGGUCAGCAAUAACAUUGUUUCAGGCCUCAAAUACACAAACACAGUAUGGAAAACUGGGGUUAGAGUUGAUAGUACAAAGGAGAUGCUUGGAACUUAUAGUCCUCAGUCCGAAGCUUACACGUAUGAGAUGCCUGAAGAAAGUACCCCAUCAGGCAUAUUUGCUAGAGGUUCAUAUUCAGCAAGAAGCAAGUUUCUUGACGAUGACAACAAAUGCUAUUUGGAGAUCAAUUACACUUUCGAAAUUCGAAAAGAUUGGCAGUCCUCUUAAACUCGUGUUUCACUGCUCUUUAGUCCAUUGUUUUCAAAGCUGAAAUCUGAUUCAGUGUAUGGUGUCUCAUUUUCCACUCUCUUAUUUAAUUUACAUUGUGUCUGAGGCUGGUCUGCAGGAGUAUGAAGAAUGGAUAUGGUUAAGAGGAUAAGACAGAUAGGAAGAGAAGGAUGUUCAUUUUGGUAGCUAUUUGUUAAUAAACUUGUCUUUUCUUUUUCUUUUUCUUUUUGGGACCACUAUUUUGAAUCUGUCUAGUAUAGUAGAGUUAAGCUUUAUCCACUUUAAAGUAGAAAAUUGAGAGUGACAAAGGGCUUGUUAUGUAUUCCUUUUCCAAUGGUCAAUGAAGCAUGUCUAAGUAGUAACUUUCUAAAGAGGG